AUGAAGUUCGGACGCAAUCUACCCCGAAAUCAGGUGCCAGAAUGGUCUUCCUCAUAUAUCAACUACAAAGGCUUGAAAAAGCUCAUUAAAACUGCUUCUGCGGUAUACAAGCUCGGCAAGGACGUCAAUCUCGCUGAAAUUCUUUUCUCGCUUGACCGAAACCUCGAAGAUGUGGACGCAUUUUACAAUAAGAAGUUUGGAGAUGCCUCCCGGCGAUUAAAGCUAUUACUGGAACGCUAUGGCUCCUCGAAACAGAGUCUGGAAGAACUCGAUCAAACCGAAAUUGAGGAGUUAAUGAGCGCUCUACUGGAGCUUCGUGGCCAACUUCGGAAGUUACAAUGGUUCGGCGAGGUCAAUCGACGGGGUUUUGUCAAGAUUACCAAGAAACUAGACAAAAAGGUCCCGAACGUCUGCGCCCAGCAUAAGUACAUUGCUUCCAAGGUGGAUCCGAAACCGUUCGCUACAAACGCGGCUCUAGCGGAGGCCGUGAAAACGAUAAAUGACUGGCUUGAGGUCUUAGGAGAUACUAAAGGGAAGGAUGGUACUACCCCAGUCCAGGCAGCUCACACUGUCAAGCGCACAUCGUCAAGGUCUAUCAUCAACUUGCCGAACGGACUUCUCGAUAUCGUCGACCAAGCUAUUCGCAAUGACGAUGUUCCCAUUCUCAAAGAGGCCCUUGCCGAAGUCAGUUUCGAGCCUCACGAUGCAGGAAUGCAAAAGUUGCUAGUCAAUCUUCUUCAAAGAUCUAUUUCGAGCCGAUCACGUCAAUGCAUUGGCUUUCUUUUGACAGAUAUCAAAUCUCUAGACGAGACGGAUGACAUCAAUCAUCGUAAUUGUUUACAUCGCUUGGUUAUUUCCAUUGGUAGAUCCAAAACGAAUCCUCAACUUACCAAAUCCCUUGAGCUCGAUUCUGAGCGCAUGCGAUUUCUGACCCCUGCGGAAUCACCUCUGUUGGGUCCUGAACGUUGCGAAAUCCCCGAAUCUACACUUCUAAGCAUCAACGACGAGUCGGUAACCCUCUUGAUUUACCUUCUCGAUAAACUUCUACCCCACCAAAGAGCUGCAUUGUCCAGCAAAGACUCGUACGACCGCUUACCUCUUCACUACGCUGCAGAGUACGGAUUCGUCGUGGUUUGUGAAGUCGUCAUGAAGUACAUGCAGACGUGGGGUCAGUUCAGUGUAGAACAUGGCAUCGAUGCUCCUGAAUGGCAAGACAAAGAGGGACUCGCGCCUCUACAUCUGAGCGUCAUUGGCGGCCAUACUCUGACCACUGCAGCCCUCCUCAGAGCGGAGAAUUGGCAGGGUUCCAGAGACCAAAAGGCUGCAAUGAGACGGGAUAUUUCGAAGUCCAGCGCAGUUCUUGCGCUUGCCACGAAAUCAAAUUUUGCCCAAAUCGUACAGCUUCUUGUUAAUGCAGGGGUGGAUAUCAACUGGCAAGAUGAAACUGGCGAGACUGCCUUGCAUGUUGCUGCUCGUUUUGGUCACGAUGAAUGUGCGAAGGCGCUAUUGAGCGGUACUGCUGAUCAAAGAGCUGAUGUCGAACUUGCGGAGAAUUCAUUCUCAUGGACCCCUCUGCAUAUCGCUUGCGUCGACGGUCAUCAAUCUAUAGUUGAGCUUCUCAUUGCAGCUGGUGCAGAUAUCAAGCGACAAGAUGCGUCUGGUUGGACCGCCAGGGAACACGCUGCAUUAAGAGGGCACCUUAAAAUCGCCGAUAUCCUCUUGCAGGCUUCGUUAGAAAGACUUUCGACAGGGUCUGAUGCUUCGUCGGGCACUAGCUCAUCUUCAUCACAUAGAGUUUCAUCGCUCGAAGCUGUGCACUCACAAAGUAGCAGUAACAGUAUCCCCAAAGCAGUGGAACCUGUCAAGUCCUUUGGUCAUCGAUAUCUGACAAAUGAAAGUCUCGUCCUUGUUAGUCUAGGUUCCAUGGAUAUGAGGAAAGAUCUCCCAGCCGUGAAGCUUGAUAAGAUUCCAAUGGCCCAGGCACAUUCUACCCAACUGGACACUGCGCUUUCUGUCAUUGUUACUGCAAAGGGAGCCCAGGGUGAGCCAACGAUCAUCGAUCUUCCAGUCCAAGACAAUAUUUCAACAGAGCCAAUCAUGUUUUCCACCGCGGACGUUUCGGCAGUCAAGCUUUACUUUGACAUCGUCCCAACUUACGCCGGAAUUCAGGAGCAUAAGGUUGGUCGUGGGGUGGCCAUCUUAGCCAACAUGAAACAAGCAAUUGGCUUGAAGCGAAUGAACUUGCAAGGAGACGUGAGCGUCCCAAUCAUGAGCACUGACCUGGAAGUGAUUGGCAGCGUCAACUUCAACUUUCUCAUCAUUACACCAUUCAGCCACCCAAAUAUGGGAGUCACUGCGAAACAAACGUACUGGAAGGAAAUGACGUCGACUAUGGUCAUAGGACACCGAGGUCUCGGCAAGAACGUCUCUUCAAACAGGUCUUUGCAAUUAGGAGAAAACACGCUACAAUCUUUCAUUGCUGCGGCCAAUCUCGGCGCCAACUAUGUGGAGUUUGACGUUCAGCUUACCAAAGAUCUUGUCCCCGUUAUCUACCACGACUUUCUCGUUAGCGAAACGGGAAUCGAUGCUCCAGUUCACACUUUGACGCUUGAACAGUUCCUUCAUGUCAAUGAUGGUACGCCACGCCCUUCUAGACCGCCUUCCCCGCCGAAAGAAAAGGAUAACCCGGCUUUCAAGGUUGUUCGCGGCGCAGAUCGUCAACGAUCGCUAUCCCUCGGGAAUGCUAUACCUGAGGACGAGAUGCCUGAGCGAAUGAAGCACACUCGUGACUUCAAAGCCAAGGGCUACAAAGCCAAUUCCCGCGGAAACUUCAUUCAAGCACCAUUUACGACGCUCGAGGAGAUGUUUCUUAAGCUGCCAGAGAACGUUGGCUUCAAUGUCGAGAUGAAGUAUCCUAUGUUGCACGAGUCGGAAGAACAAGAAAUGGACACAUAUGCGGUUGAGCUAAACAGCUUCGUGGACACUGUAUUGACGAAAGUAUACGACCUCUGCAAAAAGCGAAAGAUCAUCUUUAGCAGUUUCAACCCGGACAUUUGCCUUCUUUUGAGUUUCAAACAGCCGAAUAUGCCAGUACUCUUCUUGACUGAUGCUGGAACGCACAAGGUUGGUGAUAUUCGGGCAAGUAGUUUGCAAGAAGCCAUUCGCUUUGCCAGUCGCUGGAAUCUUCUUGGUAUUGUCAGCGCUGCCGAGCCACUAUGUAACAGUCCACGGCUUGUGCGUGUGGUAAAGGAAAAUGGCCUUGUUUGUGUCAGCUACGGGAGUCUGAAUAAUGAUCCUCUCAAAGUUCAGGAGCAAGUUAACGAGGGCAUUGAUGCGGUCAUCGUGGACAGUGUGCUCAAGAUCCGAAAUGGUCUUACCAAAAACUCGAAGCCAGCCACUUUGACUGUACCACAACCACUUCCGACCCCAAAAGCCGACAUUAUUAAUGAUGUGGGCGUAAAGGACACGAUUUCGCUUUAG